AUGUCCAGCCCGAAGGAGCUGAACAACUGGGUGCCGUCUGGAUUCGGGCUGAACAACAUGAGCCGCUGGUUCGACACGAUGGCUAUCUUCCAAGAAAACUACCGGGCUUCUCACGAGAUGCAACUCGCCGAAGUGCAGAUUGAUGUGGCUUUUGCAGUUGAUCAGACCGCGCUGGCAAAUUCAGCAGCUUUCGAGGCGAUCAAAUCCUACAUUGCCGGUUUUGUCAGCAAGUUCCACAUCUCCAGAACAGGUACUCGAUUCGCUCUUCAGUCCUUCAGCGCUCGGCAGGUCGUCGAGGGAGGAUUCCACUUCAUGGACAACAAUGACACUGACACUGUCGUGAAUAUGAUCAAGAACUUGAGAUAUAUCUCGUCGUCUGCCUCUGCCAGCUCGGAUCUCGUUACUACCCUCAGCCAAAUCAACGACUUCUUCCUGCAGCCCGAGAAGGGAUGGCGAAACGGGCCAACCUAUGUUGUUAUCUUCACUGGCGCUCAAUAUUACUACAACACCACGGCUUCCAUCGCCGACGCCCUGAAAAUUGGCCGAAAGGCCAGAGUCGCGGCCGUCGGCCUCACUGGCCAGCGAAAAGACUUUGUGCAGCAAUUCCUGACCGGAAAAUCUCAGAAUCUGUACCCGGUCGUUGCGGAUCCGCUUUCCUUGGUUGACGGCAGCUUGCCGGACAGGGUUAUCUCGCACGAUAUGACCAAAUGGUACGAAGACCUGGUCUACCCCGUCCUCCCUCAUAUCGAUGACGUCCAAGCCGAUUUCAUUUUCUUGAUCGAUUAUUACAACACUCUCGGCACAGCCGGAUUUGCCCAGGUCCAAAACUACCUGGUCGACCUCAUUCAGAACCAAGUCACGACCCUCGGCACCACGAGUCGAUUGGCCGUCGUUGCUUACGGCUAUACUGAGGUGAUGGCUAGCUAUUCCUGGGAUCUCAACGCCUUCCACACUCAAGCCGAUCUGCUGAACGCCGUGAAGACGAUGUCUUAUUAUUCUCGCUACGUGGACAGUGAUCUCGCGAGAGCUGUCGAAUAUUUCUUCCACAACGAUACCUUCGGCUACGACGCGAACCGGUUGACGUUUGUGGUGGAUAUUGCCGUAUCUCCGACAAUUGGCCGCCAAAUCCCCUUCCCCACCACAGUCCAACUCAACCGCGAGACGUUCACCUACGCCUACACAUAUCCCAACGCCACAGUGUACCCCUAUUUGCAGCAGUUCCUCGGCGAAGAGGCAUAUGAGCACCUCAACGUCGGCUACCAGUUCGGCGCCGUCGACGGCCUGUUCAAGCGAUAUGUCGUCGAAGCCUGGCAAGCCUGGCAAGCCAACUAUGGA